AUGAGCAAAUCCGACGACGAGUUGUUUCAAAAUUUGUGUUCAUUAUUUCCCAAUCUUGAAACGGAUGUGAUUGAAUCAGUGAUGGAACAAUGCAGUCAUGAUGAAGAGGCUUGUAUUGAGUUGUUGGUGGAUAUUGCUGGAGAAGAAGAUUCCGAAAUGAUCUCAUCGGAAGCAACAAUAACAACGGAAAAGGACACAAUAACGAAUCAGAAUGAAACAACAGAUGAAGAAGAAAUUUAUGCUUUGGAUGAUUUUCAUGAUGAUGAUGAGAUGAUCACAGAAAGAACCACCUCAUCCGAUUCCAAAACAGAAAAAUCAAAAAAACUAUUUGCCCUAUUGCGGGAUGAUGAGAUUUUAGAUGAAAUGGAAAAGGAAUUGUCUCUGGCGAGCACGAUUUUACCCGUUCAAACUAAAUAUCAAAUCGAUGCUAUUUUAAAAUUCUAUAAAUGGAAUACUGAUAAAUUAAUUCAAGAUUAUGGUGAGCUUGGAAUUGAUGGAAUACUUUGCAAAAGUGGAUUAUCGGUCAACAAACAAUCUCAAGACGAAACUACAAGCAAUUCUUGCUGUGAAUCUUGCUUCAACGAAAACGUAUCACUCAUUAAGAAUGACAUUUGUGGACAUGAAUUUUGCGAAGAUUGUUGGCGUAGUUAUAUUGAGUCUAGUAUUUCACAAGGCCUUCUUAAUGGAAGCAAAAUCAAUUGUAUGGCUUUUGGAUGCAACGCUACCAUCACUGAGGAGUUCAUGAUGUCCUUUGUCAGUGAAAAGUUUAACGAAAUGUUUUUGAAAACCAAAAUCGAUUUAUUUGUCGCCAACAAUCACAGAUUGCGAUGGUGUGUGACCCCUCACUGUGGAUACUGCAUUAAGAAGCUAUGUGAUGAAACCUUGUAUUAUGUCCAUUGUAAUUGCGAUGCUGAAUUUUGUUUUCAUUGUGGAGAAGAGCCGCAUUUCCCAGCUACUUGUGAAAUGUUACAGAAAUUCUGUAAAUAUGGACAGGAUAUUUCUCGAAAUGUAGAAUUCAUUAAGAACACUAGUACUCAAUGUCCAGGAUGUAAAGUUUUUAUUUCCAAAAAUCAAGGAUGUGAUCAAAUGACAUGUUCCCUCUGUCGCACAAGAUUUUGUUAUUCAUGUGGUAAACAACAUGGUUAUGGUGUGAUGUGUGAUGGUGUCAAAGAGAGAGGCGCCAAAUUUAACGACGAGGAUUAUUAUAUUGAGGAAAUUCACACCCGAUUUAUGUACAAGUAUAAUCUCUAUAAGCAGUGGUUGACAGAACAACAAUCAAGUCAAUACCUUUAUAACUUGAUCAUCUCCUGUCGAUCGACAGCAACGUCACAAUUUGGAUAUAUUGACAGCGAUUUUAAAUUUAUGUUUUCAAUGCUUUCGAUGAUUGUUCGAACUCGACGAUUAUUGAAAUCGUGUUCAAUCUUUGCAUUCUUUGCCUUUGGUUUGGAUGUGUUCUUGAAGGAAAACUCUCUGACGAAGCCUGUAGAUAAAACGCUCAAGAGAAAUGUCACUGAGAAGAAAAAAUCAGAAAAAGCCAAACAAGAACUCCGUCACGACCUGAAUAAUCUCAAAACCUAUGGUUCACUUUUUGACAGUCAUUAUGAGAACUUGGAAAAAUAUAUUCAGAAAUUGUUAGGAAAUUUAUUUGAGUUCAUAGCCAAAGGUUUUGACCAUUCCAAACACAAUGCAUUUGGUGGAUUCAAAUUACAAACCACAAAACUCAUGAAUGUGAUCACUAAACAAACAGAGAAUUUAAUUGAUACGAUUAAGCGAAUGGAAAUGAACGAUUUGAAACACUAG